CCAUCGAACUCGGUCUAGCGCAUAUAUGCAACGACGUAAAUUUCAAAUUGUCGUUAAAGGUUAACAAAAGUGUUAUAUUUUUGCAAGAGUUAUCUACUCGAUCGAUAGAUCCAAAGAAUGGAAAGGAUAAAGAGGAUAAAGAAAUAAUUCAAAAAAAAAAAAAAGUGAAGUUUUGCGUGAAAUAGCAAGAAAACAAGAAACGUAAACGAGGUAAAUUCUAUUGUCGGUAAAUUUGUGGUGGUACAUACAUACGGAUCGUUUGAAAAUGAUUACAUAACCAAUAAAACUAUGAACGAAAUUAAUUAAAAACGAAAUUAAUUCGAUGAACGAAAUUUUUGUCGAUGCCGAAUCAAAAUGGCUUCUUCGUCGAACGAUGCUGAAACAUCGGAGCGUUACCGAUUGGAUGGCAACAUAACCGUUUCUCGUCGGACAGAAACGGCAUUGGAUGUAUUCUGUAUAACUUAUACGGAAACGUUCGAAUUUUUGGCGGCAGGAUUGUCCGAUGGAACCGUACAAUUGUAUAAAACCGAAAACGGCGUGAAAGCAAAGUUCCUUCGUGACAACGAAAUAGUACAGAAUCCUGGGACGGUGACGGCUAUCAAGCACAGACCCGUCCGAAACACACAUCCGAUAACUCACACUCUCAUCGCUACUUACAUAGAUGGAUACAUCAAAUCUUGGCAUUAUCCAAGUUCGCAAUGCCUCUACACGAUAAGAGAGAAUCGACAAAUUCUGGGUCUGGCCUAUCAUCCUAACGAACCGAAAUUCGUGACGGUGGGUGACGACACGAACAUCUAUUUGUACAACGAAGAAACGAAGGUUCAGGAAAGAGUGUUCCACGCGAGGUAUCCUUUCGUUCCGACUUCUCGAUUCUUCUGGAAGACCGAACGAAAGAAAAAAAAAAGGAAAUAUUUAAAAGAGUUCAUUUUUGUCAGCGAAAUCGCCGAAAGGAUGGACGGACACAAGUCUCGCGUAUUCGCUGCCUGUUUUAAUCCAAAAUCAGCGCACGAGAUCAUAAGCGGCGGCUGGGACGACACCAUUAUGUUUUGGGACACUCGGCAACCUUACGCUCUUCGUUACAUAUCGGGUGUUCACAUCUGCGGAGAUGGCAUUGACAUAAGUCAGAACGGAAAGGAGCACGUUAACCACGUACAGAUCCUGACAUGCGCUUGGCAGAAAAAAGAUCCCAUUCAGUUGUGGGAUUAUGGAAGUGGCAAACUCAUAACGAGUCUCGAGCCCGAUAACGUACCUUCUAUGCUCUACUGCGGAAAGUAUCUCAGUAAUAUCUUUAUUACGUGCGGCGGAACGGAUAUGAACUUGCUUAGAAUCGUCGACCUGCGUUCUCACUCGACCUUGGCGAUGGUGAGAAAUUUGGUCGGAGGUGUUCACGGAAUAGCGCUUGGACCGGUCGACACGAAACGCGCUAAAAAGUCGAGACAACCCGAGAUGUAUUUGCCCAAAAUCGCCUUCUGUUCCAACAAGAUGAUCUUAGAAGUUCAAAUCAAAUCCUGAUCACGCGUCUCGUCGUCGUCUUUCCUUCCCGACUCGAGAGACCGACCGAAGAGGGAUUCGAAUCUGUUCGUUCGAUCGAGGAACAACGAACGCCGCGGCCUGAUUUUCUCAAGCAAUAAACAAUGUAUUUUAUUUAAUACAAACUAUGGUACAAAAUUUACACAGAACAA